GCGGGCCGAGGGGCGGGGUCGCAGCAAGGCCCCUCCUCUCCCCUCCCUGGGUCUCUCAUAAAGUCUGAGCCCUGCUCGGCUGAGGCCUGUCUGCAGAAUCCGCACCAACAGGCACCAUGCCCAUGAUCCUGGGGUACUGGGACAUCCGCGGGCUGGCCCACGCCAUCCGCCUGCUCCUGGAAUACACAGACUCAAGCUAUGAGGAAAAGAAGUACCUGAUGGGGCACGCUCCUGACUAUGACAGAAGCCAGUGGCUGAAUGAAAAAUUCAAGCUGGGCCUGGACUUUCCCAAUCUGCCUUACUUGAUUGAUGGGACUCACAAGAUCACCCAGAGCAACGCCAUCCUGCGCUACAUUGCCCGCAAGCACAACCUGUGUGGGGAGACAGAAGAGGAGAAGAUUCUUGUGGACAUUUUGGAGAACCAGCUUAUGGACAGCCGCAUGGAGAUGGUCAGACUCUGCUUUGACCCAAAUUUUGAGAAACUGAAGCCAAAAUACUUGGAGGGACUCCCUGAAAAGCUGAAGCUCUACUCACAGUUUCUGGGGAAGCGGCCGUGGUUUACAGGAGACAAGAUCACCUUUGUGGAUUUCCUCGCCUAUGAUGUCCUUGACAUGAAGCGUAUAGUUGAGCCCGGCUGCCUGGACUCCUUCCCAAACCUGAAGGACUUCAUCUCCCGCUUUGAGGGUUUGAAGAAGAUCUCUGCCUACAUGAAGUCCAGCCGAUUCCACCGAGGCCUUUUGUUCGGAACGACAGCCACGUGGAACAGCACAUAGGGCCCCGUGAUGCCAGAAGAUGGGAGGGAAGAGCCGACCCUGCUGCCUGCGACCCUGGAGAACAGCCCGACUCCCUGGACCCGCCUUCUUUCUUUCUCCUUCUUUCUACUCUCUUCUCUUCCCCAAGGCCUCAUUGGCUUCCUUUCUUCUAACAUCAUCCCUCCCUGCAUCAAGGCUCUUUAAAGCUUCAGCUCCCCACUGUCUUCCAUCAAAGUCCCCCUCCUACCAUCUUUCUUUUCCUGCACUAACGCCAACCUGACUGCUUUUCCUAUCAGUGCUUGUCUCUUCUUUGAGAAGCCAGACUGAUCUCUGAGCUCCCUAGCACUGUCCUCAAAGACCAUCCACAUGCCCUGCUCCCUUUGCUAGGUCCCUACCCCAGCCCUGUGUGAUGCCCAGUAAAGCCUGAACCAUGCCUGCCUUGUGUUGUCUUAUUCUCUGAGGCUCCCUUGACUCAGGACUGUGCUCGAAUUGUGAGUGGUUUUUUGUCUUCUGUUGUCCACAGCCAGAGCUUAGUGGAUGGGUGUGUGUGUGUUGGGGGUGGUGGUCAGGCAGGUUCAUAAGUUUCCUUAGUAAUUUCUGCCCUCUAGCUACAUCCCUUUGUUCCUCAAUGUGGGGAUUACUACGGAAAGGUGCUCUGUGCCAAGUUCCUCACUCAUUCAGCUUUCCGGUAGGCCGUCUAGAACUGGCAUGGUUCAAAGAGGGGCUAGGCUGACGGGGAAGAGGGCUGGGCAGCUCCCAGGCAGACUGCCUUCUUUCACCCUAUCCUGAUAGCCUUCCCUGAUCUAGAUCUCCUUCGUCAUGAUACUUCUCAAUAAAACAUAAUCCCACCAUAUUGUAA